AUGGUUAUUCUCACGCUGCCCACCAUCCUCACCCUGGUUCGUGUGGCCGCCGUGCCGGCCCUGGUGGCGGCCUGGUACUCGGCAGCGCCCUGGGCCGGCGCCGCGUGCACCGCCCUGUUUUUGGGCGCCUCGCUCACCGACUGGCUGGACGGCUACCUGGCGCGCAAGCUGAAAGCCGCCUCCGCCUUUGGCGCCUUCCUGGACCCUGUGGCCGACAAGCUGAUGGUGGCGACAGUCAUGAUCCUGCUCAGCACGCGCCCCCUGCCGCUGGGCCUCAUGGCCGGCAACACCUGGGUCGUGCCGCUGCUCACAUGCGUGGUGAUUGGGCGGGAGAUCACGAUGAGCGCGCUGCGCGAGUGGGCGGCGGCGCUGGGCCCCGAGGCGCACUCUGCCGUGGCUGUCAGCUGGGUGGGCAAGUGGAAGACCGCCGCACAGAUGGCCAGCCUGGCGCUGCUGCUGGCGGCGCACCAGGGCGCGGCCGCCGCGGCGGGCGGCGCCGGCGUGGCAGUGCCACCCACGCUGCUGCGGGCCGCGGGCGCCGGCGGCCUGCCGCUGCUGGUUGUGGCCACAGUGUUGACGGUCUGGAGCCUGGCGCUCUACUUUGCCGGCCUGUGGCGCUUCUUUUGA